UCCUCUCUCACUCUGUCCCUCUUGCCAGUUUUUUCUCUAAUUGUCGUACAAAAACAGCUCUCAUGGGCUCACGCAUGGUCAGAGCUGGGAAGAGUACUUGUCCUGGAGAGGCUUUUAUUUUCCCCAAAAGGCACCAGAUGAAUCUCAACUAGGGCUAAAUGGAAGCAUAACUCACAACCACAGACUACAGACGUGGAGCAACCUCUCUCAGUGUGAUGGACAAGCCUUAUGGUCCAGAGGUCAAGUUCAAGCUGGAUGUGGACACAGCCCAUCCUCCACCCAGGACCCUGGCCAGAGGAGAGUGGUCAAGCAAAAUGGAGUUCCUCUUGGCUGUUGCUGGACAAAUCAUAGGCUUAGGAAAUGUGUGGAGGUUUCCCUACCUGUGCUACAAAAAUGGAGGAGGGGUGUUCUUCAUCCCUUAUGUCCUCUUCCUCUUUACCUGCGGCAUCCCCCUGUUUCUCCUGGAGACGUCUCUCGGCCAGUACACGAAACAGGGAAGUAUUACCUGCUGGAGGAAAAUUUGUCCACUUUUUGAAGGGAUGGGUUAUGGCAGUCAGGUGGUUGUUUUAUACUCCAGCAUCUAUUACAUAAUCAUAUUGGCCUGGGCUUUCCUGUAUCUCUUCUGCUCUUUCAACACUGAACUUCCCUGGGCAAGUUGCAGAAACAGCUGGAACACAGAGACCUGUGUUGAGUUUGACCGAAGGCCUGCUGAUUUGAACUGGACUGUAGCUGAAAAUGCAACCUCACCAGUGAGAGAGUUUUGGGAGAGAAGAGUUUUGAAUGUCACAGGAAGUAUCCAUGAGUUAGGCAGCAUACGAUGGGAGCUGGCUCUGUGUCUUCUGUUGUCCUGGAUCAUCUGUUACUUUUGUGUCUGGAAAGGAGUAAAGUCCACUGGGAAGGUAGUUUACUUUACUGCCACAUUUCCAUACCUGAUGCUGGCAGUGUUGCUUGUUCGUGGACUCACGUUGCCGGGGGCCAUAGAUGGGAUUAAGUUCUACCUCUCUCCAGAUCCAUCCCGCCUGACUGAUCCACAGGUGUGGAUGGACGCUGGCACACAAAUAUUUUAUUCCUAUGCUAUUUGCAUUGGGUGUCUAACUGCACUUGGCAGUUAUAACAAGUACAACAACAACUGUUACAAGGACUGUGUAUAUUUGUGCCUUCUGAACAGUGGGACCAGUUUUGUAGCUGGCUUUGCCAUCUUCUCUGCACUUGGAUUUAUGGCAUAUGAACAGAACACAGACAUAUCAAAAGUGGCAGAGUCGGGUCCUGGUUUGGCAUUUAUUGCCUAUCCUCGAGCAGUCGCCAUGAUGCCUUUUCCUCAGGUCUGGGCGAUAUUCUUUUUCAUUAUGAUCAUCCUACUGGGACUGGACAGUGAGUUUGUAGGUCUGGAAGCCAUGGUAACAGCGAUUGCUGACACAAAUCCUUCCUUCUUCCACGUCGGCCAUCGACGUAAACUUCUUCUACUUGCUAUCAGUGUUGUUAGCUUCUUCAUUGGCCUUGUGAUGGUUACAGAAGGUGGACUGUACAUCUUCCAGCUGUUUGACUACUAUGCCUGCAGUGGGAUGACUCUACUUCUCUUUGCAACACUGCAGUCUGGUUGUAUUGGAUGGAUAUAUGGUGCAGACCGCUUUUAUGAUAACAUAGAGGACAUGAUUGGAUACAAGCCGUUAUCCCUGAUUAAGUAUUGUUUGAAAUAUGUCACUCCAGUGAUAUGCGUGGGUACGUUUGUUUUUUCCUUGAUCAAAUACACCCCUCUGAAGUUCAAUAACACAAUUGAGUAUCCAUGGUGGGGUUAUGCUCUUGGCUGGUGGUUCACUCUCUCCUCUACACUCAUGGUGCCUUUAUUUAUGAUGUACAAAGUGAGCACCACUCCAGGUACACUGCGACAGAGGAUCUCCAUCUUAUGUACUCCAGCUGAAGACCUGUCUUUGAACAAAUCUGAGAAAACAGGACUUGAACUGCUCAACGUGACCUCAUCUCCUGACAGCAUGGUGUCUGAGUGACCACAAGCAAACUGGAGCAUCUUCUGAGUUCAUGAACACCGUGAGGCAUAAGGAAAAGCCUGCCGUCAAUCCAGUACUCCUACUCCUUUUAAAGCAGCAGUUCCCAAUCUUUUGGAUGUUUGACCUCUUAAAAAAAAAAGCAACGUCUACUUGUUACCCCACAUCACUGGUUGCAUAUAUACAGUAAUACCAGUUGCGACUAGUUCAGCCAAAGACACAUUUUAGUUUGAAUACUUUGGCCUGAAAUACAAAAACCUGAAAAUGAUGAAAUAAUUCACAAAAAAGCAAAGAUUAAAGUAAUGUCUAAGAAAAACUUUUGUGCAGCAGAAAUGUUUUUUCUGCUUUCCUCGCCUGUUAAUAAUAAUCUAGUGACCCCUCAGGUCCGGGUUGGGAAUCACUGCACUAAAAUAAUGGCUUCAAAAUUAUUAUGAUUUCACUCCAUUAAGCACUUCCUAGUUUGAAUGUUGACUCAACAGACAUAUUUUCAGGAAUAUGGUAAGGAGAAUCUAAGCUUAAAGGUCCACUUAUUACAGGAAACAGUUGUUUUCUCCUUGGUUUCUGAGCCACAUUUUAUAGUCUUCAUUUAGCAAAUGCAGCUGUCUCAGCAAUGACAGCUAGCGAGUAGGGCUGCAACUAAUGAUUACUUUCAUUAUCAAUUGAUCUAUUGAUUUUUACUUGAUUUGUUUUGUAACUUUUAAGAAAAUAGUGACAAAUGCAUUUUACAAUUUCCCUACGCCAUGAGUUGAUCUCUUCAAAUGUUCUAAAGACAUUCAAUUUACAAUAAUAUAAACAGUGAAACCUCACAUUUCACCGGUUGUUGAUUAGUAAUCUGUUGAUCAAUUGAUUAAAUUGCCCCUUAAAUUUUGUCGGUAAUGGAUGAACAGCCAUGCUCGAAUUCAAACUGAUAAUUUAAAUUGUUACUUAUGUGAAGAAAAAGUGGUGAGGAUAUGAGUGUUUUUUUUUAAUUUGUUUGUUGUUUUAACCAGGUUGUAUAACUAUUUAAAGUAAAAAUGAUAAACACUUGCCAAAUAAGCCAUACAGAUUUAACACUUUAGUCACUUUUAAGUCACUGUGAAUGACAUGUACAUUUCAUUUUAAAAUGUCAAUAUAACUAAAUUAAGCAGUGAUAUGAAAGAGGAAAGGUUGUCCGGCAAUGCCUGCACCACCAGCUCAACACUGAAGUGUUUCUGACCUGUACAAAGUACUGCUGCUAUCAAUUCAGCAUUUACAAGUUUGUGUUUGGUGUUAGAUAAAACGAAACGCCAGUGGGUGGGAUUGUAAUGAUCAAAGCACCAAAUGCAAUAGAGAAACACUGAGCAAACCUGUUGGCUGUAACAUUCAGAAUCACAAAGAGUAUAUUUUUAACAAAGCUAUCUAGAUUAUAUUUUUACUGUAGUCUCAACUCUAAGCUUGUUUAAUUAUAUAGUUUUUAUACAGAAGGUGCAGAUUAAUAUUCAUAUAAUUUUGUAUUGUUUUUUUGUGUCAUAUUUCAUUGAAAUUUCACCCAUGGCAACAGUCCUUUGUGUAACAUGUAAAUGCUGUAAUGUGAAAUUUUUCACAUUUAAGCAUCAAUCAAUAAUUUGUUUUUAAAAGAAAAUGUCUGUUUCAAAAGCUAUCUGUUGCACACAUUGUGUGAAUUCAGCCAUAAAUUGAGUAUGUCACAUUUUAUACUACCUAGUGCUAACAGUAAAUGCAUCAUGAAGAAACAGUUAACUAAUGUUUUAUUAAUGACAAUGUUUGUGUGACUGAAUCAAUGCUAAAACUGGUAUAUAAUAUGUUAAAGCUUUAGUGCGUACAUUUUUUAUAUUAAUGAACGUCCGUUACAUCCAAGCCAAAUGAGUUGCUGCAAAGCUAAUUAAGACAAAUCUCUCUGUAUUUCUCAGUAUGGCUAUGUUCAGAAGAUUGUGUCGUCCGACAACUUUCGCGCGCAGAAGCUAAGAUAAUAGAUAAUAACCUCUUCUGAAGAGUCCAUGUUUUUUUUAAUUGUCUUUUGUUUAAGUGUCCUCCUUAGCUACAAGCAACUGUGUGGAGGAGGGGUGGGGGCGGUGCGCGGUCACGGAAGGCUUGUAUCAUGUGGAUGCGUCGACAGUGUUGUUGUCAUUACUUAAAAUUCCUCAUGGGGGCGAAACUACGCACUAUAGCUUUAAUUUCAUGAUUUAGGCUGAAUCUUGUUUAACAAUGUGACAUUUCUUAAAUAGUAUCCUAAAGCAACACCAAAGAUUCUUUUGUAAUUUAAAAUAAUGUUUCCAAAAUCGUUUCAGUGGUUCAUCGACUCGUAACCGGGUGAACGGCACUUCUGCAUUUGCUUUGCGGCCCUCUAUCGGCUAUAACUGCACUAUGCAAGUUUGCCAGAUCGGGUAGCGGAUCUGUAGUUCGAAUGAGACAGCAGUAAUGGACAAUUCCGUUUCCAACAUGUAGGGGGACCCGAAGAGGAAAAGUGCUUUGGUGUUGCUUUAAUAAGGCCAUCUGGUGUUUAGUAAGUAUUGAUAAGCUUAGGUUAUAGUUAUUUUAAGUAAAAUCAUUUAAAAACAUUCAUUAAUCAGUUACCAGUUUCUUGUUUAAUAAUCAUUUUUUGGACCUUUUUUAGAACAUGAAAACGUUAAUAAAAUGUUAAUAAUUCCAAUUAUUUGUUUUGUGAAGGCUACACAGUUGCUGAUCCUCUUCUGGGUGGUGCAGUUUUUAUAGCCCAUUAAAUGAGUCAUAAUGCA